UGUAUCUCAAAUGGGUGCCCUUCAAGCCAUGGUUGUUUGCUUGUUUCUAGUGCGUGCAUGCACAACCAAUGCCCAGGUUGAGCAAUGGAAGUCUGCCACUGCAACAUACUCCAAAGAAACAGAUGCCUCAAUCAUAACUGGUACUUCUUCUGCCUCCUCCUAUAUUCCUCCUCCUCUCUCUACAUUUCUCUAACUCAACUGGGGUUAAAAGUUUUCAAGAGUUUCUUUCUGUUUAAUAUUGCAGAAGGUGCUUGUGGUUAUGGGGACCUUCACAAGAUCAGCUAUGGAAAGUACAGUGCUGGACUCAGUACCAUGUUGUUCAAUAGAGGCAGUACCUGUGGGGGCUGCUUUGAAUUGAGAUGUGUUGAUCACAUCUUGUGGUGUCUCCAGGGGAGCCCAUCUGUUAUCCUCACAGCCACAGACUUUUGUCCACCAAAUUUUGGGCUUCCAACUGAUUAUGGUGGCUGGUGCAAUUUCCCCCAAGAACAUUUUGAGAUGUCCGAAGCCGCCUUUGCUGAAAUUGCAGGGUUACAUGCUGAUAUAGUUCCAGUUCAGUACAGGAGGGUUAAGUGUCACAGAAAUGGAGGAAUGAGAUUUACAGUGAGUGGAAAUUCCCACUACUAUCAAGUCUUAAUCACCAAUGUUGGGUUGGAUGGGGAAGUUGUAGCAGUGAAAGUGAAGGGAUCAAGAACAGGGUGGAUACCCAUGGCAAGGAACUGGGGACAAAUCUGGCAAUGCAAUAUUAACCUUGAAGGACAACCUCUAUCGUUUGAGGUGACAGCCAGCAGUGGAAAAACACUCACCUCCUACAAUGUUGCUUCAGGAAAUUGGAGAUUUGGUCAGACAUUUGAAGGGAAACAGUUCUAGAACUUGGGCAGGGGACAGAAACAAAAAGAAAGGGCUCUUCCAAGCCUAGUUUCUGAAAUUUGGGCAGCAGCUUGAAGCUUACAAUUGUUGAUCAUGAGUUCGUAAGGGCUGAAGCUCUAGACCUUAAAGGCAUGCUCACCCACUCAUUCAAGGUCAAAAGUGGCAUGGAAAGUGGAGAAGAAAGGUGAAGAACUAGGAAUAUGAGGUCCCAAUUUUGUCUUCUUUUGAUAUACUUAGAAGAAAACAUGUAUCAUAAUGGAAUGUGUAAUCAUUAAAAAGUAAAGCUAAAUCUACCUUACCCUCAAAUCUUCUGCUA